AUGGGGGUGGCUGUGGUACAGGGAAUCUCCGAAGGGUGGUAUGAUGCCUUGCCCAAGAAAGGGAAGCAGGAGAUGUGUCAUGCUGCAGUGUCUACUGAGAGUGAAUUCUUUUUUGUGAAAGUUUUCAGUAAGAAGCUCAAGGAUAAAUUCACUCCAAGCAAAAUAAUCAUGAUAUCAAAAUAUUAUUGGCACAGUUGUUUCCUGGAAGUGAUGCUGAUUUCCCUGGUGUGUGACACUGAAUUUGACCAGAUCCAUGUCUCAAAGCAUAUUAUCAGAAAAGAUGGUGAUACCCUAAGGUCAAUAAACUUCAAUUUCAGCCCCAGAGAACAACUUGUGAAUGGGCUGUUUGUACCUCCCAGCAUCAGAGUCUUUUCCAAUGAGUCAACUCUAUGUGACCUAAAUGAGAGCACAGGAAGAAUAGAAGUAUUGAUGCUUGGAAACGAGAAGAAAAUCCAGUGCAAGGAAUGGAAUAAACUUCAAUUUAUAUUCUUAGAGCUAUCAAAGACUGGAGAAAAACUAUACCUGAAAUCUAGAAUUCAUAGUUUCAUUAACAGAGAAGCUAAAUGGACAGGUGCUAUUGAACAGAACGUGGAAGACCCUAAUAUUUAG